CAUGCGCACGGCACUAAUAAAAUGCGCACAUCCAAGUUUUUGUUUAUCGUACAGUAGAGUGGUUUUCCAGGCGAUUUAUAUACAGGAAUUGCGAUUUUUUCAUUAUUAUUCGUGAUUACGCUGGCGAGAAACCAGGGAUCAUGAAGGUUUUCAUUAUUUUGUCGAUUUUUUGCGCUGCGGCUUUCGCCGAAGACUAUUGUUACAAAGAUGCCCGUAGAGCGUGCGGAACUAAACUGUCUCUAGACAUGAAAAACUGCACGGCUAAAUACGGGGCCAUCGAACGGGCCGAGGCUAGCCUCCAAAAGUUCGCCUACCACCAUUUCAUCCGGUCCUUCGACUACCUCCUCCUGUCCACGCACUUCGCCAACUACCAGAAGAACAGGCCCGGCUUCGAGAAGUUGUUCAGGGACCUGUCCGACAACAAAUGGCACGAAGGCAUCGAGCUGAUCAAGUACAUAACGAGCCGCGGGGGCGAGAUGCAAUUCAACGAUGUGGACAACCUGGUAGAGUCCGAGGACGGUAACUUCGAUUUGCACGAGAUCACCGCCAUCGCUAAAGCUUUGGACAUCGAGAAGAAGAUGGCCAACGAGGCCAGCGAGAUCCAUCACAGGAUCUGGCACAAGAGCGUCCUGCACGAUCCCGAGAUCACCGAUUACAUCGAGAAGGAGUUCGUGCACAAGGAGAAGGACCUCAUCAGGAAGUUGGCCGGGUACUCCACUGAUUUGAAGGAUUUGUUGAACCCCGAAGACGGGUCUCUGUCGUUGUUCCUGUUCGACGAAUUCUUGCAGGGUAAUAAGUUGUUCUAAGGGCGGUUGUUCCGCACGUUUUAUUUUGUAAUUUGUAAUGUUAGGGAUGUAGUAUAUUUGAGUUUGUAAUAAAUUAAAAGGCUGUUUGUAUAUAAUGAAAUAAACGGUGAAAUAAACGUAAA